CCGAAGAAGAAACGUUAACUAUGGCGAUGUUCGUGAGAAGGGCGGCGGAGGUUUUUAAUCGAGCCGUUUGCAGCAAUUUGAAGAACACUGAAGUGUCUCUGGAUGUGUGUCAGCCCCGCCCCCUUUUACUGCCAGUCCGCACCAAGAAGAGGGCCUUUAUUCCUCAUUCAUUGAAACCAAAAGGGAAGGUUGAAGGAGACUUGGAAGUCAGAGCCCGAGCAGCAGGCAAAGUGUUCCAGCAGGAGUACAUGGAGAGGCCCAUCAACAUCUCCUGCACUGCGGGAAUCUUUGAGGCCUACGUUCCUCCGGAGGGCGACGCUCGUCUGUCCACGCUGUCCAAAGAGGGGCUGAAGCAGCGCAUGGUGCAGAUGCAACAAACCGCUGCCUCACAGUUGGCGAUUCGUAAGAUUAAACAGUACGAUCCUCUCUUCAAGACAAAGGAGUUUGCACAUCAAGCUCAAGAAAUGUUUAUCGAGGCUCACAACGCUCUGUCACAGUUCAACAAAGAGAAGCUUCACUCGUUACUGACAGAGCGAUGUUACCCUGAGAUGACGAGGGGGACUCGCUACAAGACCAUCCGCUGGACCUUUGUGGAGUCCCUGGAGCCGCCCCAGGUGGUCCACGCCCGCUGUCCUGACAUCCUCUCCAAAGACAACCUGUACGGCCAGGUCACGGUCCGCAUGCACUCCAGACAGACUCUGGCCAUUUACGAUCGCUUCGGGAGGCUGAUGGUGGGGAGCGAGGAGCAGCCAAAGGACGUUUUAGAGUAUCUGGUUAUGGAACGCCACCUCAUCAACCCCUACGGCUGCUGGAGGUUACAUGGAAAAAUAGUCCCGUCCUGGGCCCCGCCCAAGGAUCCCAUCAUUAAGACUGUUAUGAUUCCUGGUCAGGAUCUGCAGCCAGGAGAAGAAUUUGAGGCCAUCAACUAUGAAGUUCCCAAACCAAAGGCAGUGCAGUGGCAUAAAUAGGCCACUAGGUGGCCGGUCUGAUUUAAAACCACCAAUUAGGGGCCAGCAGGGGCUUUGUGUGAAUUCUUUUCUGUGUGGGAAAAAUUCCUGCAAUCAGCAGGUGACUUUGGAAAAAACCUUUAGCCAGCGGAGCCACUUGUUUCCCUGCAGUCCGACAUCCGGGGUCACGUGACUGGAGUCACUUUUCACAUCGAGAUAAAUGUAAAGGAAAAAACUUGAUGCAUUUCCAAAAAUCUUUUUGUUUAUUUCUGUGACAAAUACACUGUCUCUUCUCCUGAGUAAAUAUAAAAAA